GAGAACGCUCCUUUGCAAGAGAUGCGCGACUGUACCUGGUCGCACCUUCGCCACUUCACGCUUUACGGUAUACUUCAACCACCCACUCACGCGACACACGUCCCUCUGAUCGCCGUACUCGCUCGGAUGCCUCGCCUCCGCUACCUACACCUCCGGUUCUCCAGGCAUCCCAGCGACAUGCCUCAGGCCAUAUGGCCGAUUUAUUACGACACCACUGUCGAGUGGCCGGAGUUGGAAGAGUUACUGGCCACGCAUCCCGUCCCGGAAGACCAGCUGUGGUCGCAUAUCCCUCGCAUCCUCCGGUCAAUUUAUUUCCCUUCUUGUCCCUCUCCGUGGGAA